CCCAUUCACAACAUUUUGCCAUUCCUCCAGUAUCCCUGCAUUCCCCGCAGUAGGCAGGAGCUGCCGUGACGGUCGCCAUGUUGGUCUCAGUUUUUCCCUGCUGUUGGAAGGUGUCGAAGCUGGGACUGGAGAUUGAAGUUGCUGGAAAUGUAACUCAUGAACGAAAUGAGCAACAUCACGAAAUUAUUUUGCCGAACCACUGCACGAUCCUACAUGGGCAUUGGGGCAUAGGCGACACCUACACUAAUGAAGAAACCCUUGAUGAACUAGUUAACUAUCUCUUUUUCACCUGAGAUCACGGGAAUGGACGAAAAAUAAGAGCAUGGAAUUUAGAAAAACUAGUGAAGCCUUUUUUCUCUCAAACGCAGACGGAAAACAGGAGGGGCAUUGGAGCUUUGUACUAGCAUUGUAGAUGUACCGUCGAUGCAGUUUUUGUUUCUGUAUUGUAGAUGGUUUAUUUCUAACAAUUCAGUUUAACUUAUUUGUCACUGGAACAAAUUUCCUGUGUGUUUCUGGAAGAGGCGAAAUUAAAUACGAAAGAAAUUUUUGUUUCCAGUGCGCGAGCAGCUAAGCUAGCCAGCGGGUUACGUCAAAACAGCCGGUCAGGGCAGGGUCUGCAUUUGUGGAUCUGUAUAAUUUAUAGUCCUCAGCGGAAAACAUUAGUCUACGUUGAAUAAAAUUAAGUAAUACGACAUGCCUCUACUAUUUCCAGUGCUUAUUAUAUUGAUUUGAAGGUCAUCAUGAUUGAUCUAAUUAAGCACUAGCUCGCCAGGUAGCCAGUGACAUUCUAAGUUUAAAAAGGGUGACAUAUUACACGUGGGUUUCUAAUAUCAGAAGUUCGUCUGUGUAAUAAAUUACAUUUUCAUACAUCUUCAGUUUCUCGUUGGGAAAUCACCAUUUUAUAUUAGGAAAAAUGUCUGGGGAGGUUCGUUUGAAGAAACUUGAAAAACUGAUUUUGGACGGGCCAGCUCAAUCGAACGGCCAGUGUUUUAGCGUGGAAACGUUAUUGGAUGUCCUAAUAUGCCUUUAUGACGAGUGCAACAACUCGCCGCUCAGAAGAGAGAAAAAUGUGUUGGAAUUUCUGGAUUGGGCCAAACCAUUUGCCUCAAAAGUAAAGCAGAUGAGACUACACAAGGAGGACUUUGAGAUCUUGAAGGUUAUUGGCCGGGGAGCAUUUGGAGAGGUCGCUGUCGUGAAGGUGAAGAAUACAGAUAAGGUGUUUGCCAUGAAGAUCCUCAAUAAAUGGGAGAUGUUGAAGAGAGCAGAGACAGCCUGCUUUCGGGAGGAGCGAGACGUGCUGGUGAAUGGAGACAGCCAGUGGAUCACCACAUUACACUAUGCCUUCCAGGAUGACAACUACCUGUAUCUAGUGAUGGAUUACUAUGUGGGAGGUGAUCUUCUGACCCUGCUCAGCAAGUUUGAGGAUCGGCUGCCGGAGGACAUGGCACGCUUCUAUCUGGCUGAGAUGGUUCUGGCCAUCGAUUCUGUUCACCAGCUGCACUAUGUUCACAGGGACAUCAAACCAGACAACAUCCUGAUGGACAUGAAUGGACACAUCCGGCUGGCAGACUUUGGCUCCUGCCUCAAACUAAUGGAGGAUGGAACAGUCCAGUCAUCUGUGGCUGUGGGCACACCUGACUACAUCUCCCCUGAGAUCUUACAGGCAAUGGAGGACGGGAAAGGGAAAUACGGGCCAGAGUGUGACUGGUGGUCUUUGGGCGUCUGCAUGUAUGAAAUGCUCUUUGGGGAAACUCCUUUUUAUGCAGAAUCCCUGGUGGAGACCUAUGGCAAAAUCAUGAACCACAAGGAGCGCUUCCAGUUCCCUUCGCAUAUGACAGAUGUGUCAGAGAAUGCCAAGGACCUGAUCCGCCGGCUGAUCUGCAGUCGAGAACACCGGCUGGGCCAGAGUGGAAUUGAGGACUUCAAGCAGCACCCCUUUUUCUCUGGCAUUGACUGGGAUAACAUUCGCACCUGCGAGGCCCCCUACAUCCCCGAAGUCAGUAGCCCCACCGACACCUCCAACUUUGACGUGGAUGAUGAUUGCCUGAAGAAUUCUGAAACAAUGCCCCCUCCCUCUCACACGGCCUUCUCCGGACACCACCUACCCUUUGUGGGUUUCACCUACACCAGCAAAUGCAACCUGUCCGACCGAGGCUGCCUACGAGAAUCUGCAGAGGCUGCACAGGUGGACGUCAAAGUUCAGCGCAGCCUGGAGGAGAGCCUGGCCACUGAGGCCUACGAGCGGCGGAUACGCCGCUUGGAGCAGGAAAAGUUAGAGCUCAGCCGCAAGCUUCAGGAGUCCACCCAGACAGUGCAGGCGCUUCAACACUCAAGCGUGGAUGGACCCCUCACUGCUAACAAGGAGAUGGAGAUUCAGGGCCUGAAGGAUGAGAUUGAGACACUGAGGAAGCAGGUUGCAGACUCUGGACAAUUGGAACAGCAGUUGGAGCAAGCCAGCACGGUGCGCAGGGACUUGGAGGACUCGUCAAAACAUAUCAAGACCCUGGAGAAACAGAUGAAGAGUAUGAGGCAGGAGAGGGACGACAUGCACAAGGAGCUUCUGGAGUCUACUGAGAAGCUGAAGUCUCAGGCCAAAGAGCUAAAGGAGGCACACAGCCAAAGGAAGCUGGCAAUGCAGGAGUUCGCUGAGAUGAGUGAGCGGCUAACAGACCUGCGCUCACACAAGCAGCGGCUCUCCCGUCAGCUCCGUGACAAGGAAGAGGAGAUGGAGGUGGUCAACCAGAAGGUGGAGACACUGCGGGCAGAAGUGCGCAAGGCAGAGAGAGUCAGGAAGGAGUUAGAGCUGCUGGUGGAGGAGCGGGAUGCGGCAGCUCAGAAAGAAAGGAAGCUGUGCGAGCGCAGUGAGCAGUACAACAGACAACUAGAGGAGGAGUUGGAGGGACUGAAGCAGAAACAAGUAGGCCGUGUGUCAGGCAUGGUUGGCUCAGAACAGAACCAGGAGUUGAGCAAAGCUCGAGUGGAACUGGAGAAGAAGACACUUUUCUAUGAGGAGGAGCUAUCCCGCCGGGAGCUGCUCUACUCCAAUGAGCUCAAGAGUCUGAAGAAGGAGUUGCGUGAUGCUGAGGGCCAGCAGCUUGCCCUCAACAAGGAGAUCCUUGUCCUCAAGGACAAACUGGAGAAGACGCGCCGCGAGAGUCAGAACGAGCGAGAGGAGUUUGAAACCGAGUAUAAGCAGAAGUACGAGAGGGAGCGGAUCCUUCUUAAAGACGAGAACAAAAGGCUCUCCAGUGAACUUGACAAGCUGACAACCAUGUUUGAGAAACUGAGCAGCACCAACAGGCUGCUGGAGGAGGAGAUGCAUGAGCUGGCAGACAAGAAGGAGAGUGUUGCCCAUUGGGAGGCACAGAUCACUGAGAUCAUCCAGUGGGUGAGUGAUGAGAAAGAUGCACGGGGCUACCUGCAGGCCUUAGCCACAAAGAUGACCGAGGAGCUAGAAGGUCUGAGGAACUCCAGCCUCGGUACUCGUGCCACAGACAUGCCCUGGAAGAUGCGGCGCUUCGCCAAGCUGGACAUGUCAGCCCGGCUGGAGCUGCAGUCUGCGUUGGAUGCUGAGAUCAGGGCCAAGCAGGCCAUCCAGGAUGAGCUCAACAAAGUCAAGGCUGCCAGCAUCUCCACUGAAUGCAAACUGCAGGAGUCUCAGAGUAAGAAUCAGGACUUGUUGUCUGAGAUUGAGAGGCUGAAGAAAGAGUCAAAAGAGCUGCGCUUGGGGAAAGGUGUGAAGCACCAGGACUCCCAGAACUCAUUUCUUGCAUUUUUGAAUGCUCCUACCUCAGCCCUGGAUCAAUUUGACCGUUCUCCUGCCUACGUGACCACUAGCAAAGGCAGACGUAUUGACUCAGUUGACAACUUCACCUCGUCCAACACUCCAUCCCGAGAUGAAGAAUCCAAAUCCCACCCAAUGUCCCGUUCACGAUCACCCUCAACAGCCAGUGACAUGGAGCUUAUUGAGUUGAUAGACCACCCCCCACGCACUGUCCAGACUCCCACCAUGAGGUCUGGAUACAGUACAUCUGGCCUUCUAACACCAAAGCCCAAAGCUCACCAGUUUGUGGUUAGGUCCUUCAGCGCACCAACUAAAUGCAAUCAAUGUACCUCCCUGAUGGUGGGCCUGAUUCGACAGGGUUGCACAUGUGAAGUCUGUAACUUCUCCUGUCAUGUGACCUGUGCGGACAAAGUUCCGGCAGUGUGCCCUAUCCCACCUGAGCAGACCAAGGGCCCACUGGGUAUCGAUCCGCAGAAGGGCAUUGGCACAGCUUAUGAGGGGCACGUCCGGGUACCCAAGCCAGCAGGGGUGAAAAAAGGUUGGCAGAGAGCUAUUGCUGUCGUUUGCGACUUCAAGCUGUUCCUCUAUGACCUGGCUGAGAGCAAGACCUCCCAGCCCAGCGUAGUGGUCAGCCAGGUUAUUGACAUGAGGGAUGAGGAGUUCUCUGUCAGCUCAGUCCUGGCUUCAGAUGUCAUACAUGCCAGCCGGAAGGAUAUACCCUGCAUUUUCAGAGUGACAGCAUCUCAGCUCUCAACCUCCGGCAGUAACAAGUGCUCCAUCCUGAUCCUGGCAGACAGCGACCAGGAAAGGAACAAGUGGGUGGGGCUUCUGAAUGAGCUGCACCGCAUCCUAAAGAAGAACAAGCUGAAGGAGCGCUUUGUCUACAUCCCCAAGGAGGCCUAUGAUAGUACUUUGCCACUUAUCAAAACUACACAGUCUGCAGCUAUCAUAGAUCAUGAGCGUGUUGCACUGGGCAACGAGGAGGGGCUGUAUGUUAUCCAUGUUACCAAAGAUGAAAUUAUCCGGGUCGGGGACAACAAGAAGAUCCACCACAUCGACCUAAUUGCUUCAGAGCAGCUGCUUGCUGUCAUCUCGGGCCGUAACCGCCAUGUGCGCCUCUUCCCCAUAUCUGCACUGGAUGGGCAUGAGACUGAUUUCUUCAAGCUAUCUGAGACAAAGGGCUGCCAAGUACUGGCAUCUGGUCCCAUUCGACAUGGGGCCAUAACCUGCCUGUGCGUUGCCAUGAAGCGGCAGGUAAUCUGCUAUGAGCUUAACAAGAGUAAGGCCCGUCACCGCAAGCUGCGUGAAAUCCAGGUUCCCGGUGCUGUCCAGUGGAUGGCUGUGCUGAGUGAGUGGCUGUGCAUUGGCUACCAGGCUGGCUUUGUUCGCUACAAUCUACACACUGAGGCAGCACCAGUAAGCCUACUGCACCCGGAGGACCACACCCUGGCUUUCAUUAAUCAGCAGGGGCUGGAUGCCAUUUGCGCAGUGGAGAUCUCCAGCAAGGAAUUUCUGCUCUGCUUUAGUUGCCUGGGGAUUUAUGUGGACUGCCAGGGCCGCAGGUCACGCCAGCAGGAGCUAAUGUGGCCCGCCAUUCCCACUGCCUGCUGCUACAAUGCCCCCUACCUGUCAGUGUACAGUGAGAAUGCAGUGGAUGUGUUUGACAUUAACACCAUGGAAUGGAUCCAGACUAUACCACUAAAAAAGGUGCGGCCCCUAAACACUGAUGGCUCCCUCAACCUCCUGGUCCUUGAGACGAUCCGCCUCAUUUAUUUCAAAAACAAGAUGGCAGAGGGAGAUGAGCUUGUCGUUCCUGAAACGUCAGAUAACAGCCGAAAGCAGAUGGUACGCAACAUCAGCAACAAGAGACGCUUCUCUUUCCGUGUGCCUGAGGAGGAGCGGAUCCAGCAGAGGAGAGAAAUGCUGAGGGAUCCAGAGAUGAGGAACAAGCUCAUUUCAAACCCCACCAACUUUAACCAUGUGGUCCACAUGGGGCCUGGCGAUGGCAUUCAAAUUCUCAAAGACCUGCCAAUGGCAUUUGCAUCUAACGCUCAGAACAUCCGUCCCCAGGAGAGCCGAACUGUGUUCAGUGGGUCUGUGAGCAUCCCCUCCAUCACCAAGUCUCGUGGUGAACCCGGCCGCUCCAUGAGUGCCAGCAGUGGUCUUGGCAUACGGACUUCAUCACAGAACGGCACUGCUCUCCGGAGGGAGUUUUCAGGUGGGAGCUAUGGGUCCAGACGGCAGGCAAUGACUUCACCCUCUGAAGGGUCCCUGUCAUCCGGAGGGGGGAUUGACGGUGGCAGUGACGCGCCCAUCUCUCAGUUUGACCGAGAGGACUCAGACUCCCCCCGGCACUCCACAGCAUCCAACAGCUCCAACCUAAGCAGUCCCCCAAGCCCUGCCUCUCCGCACAAGACCAAGUCACUUUCCCUGGACAACACUGAUCGCAUGGGCUGGGAGACGUGAGCUGCUGCCCAGGCCACCCCCUCUCAUGCAGGCCCUGCCCACAUCAGCACAUCUGGAACUACAGGCUGCCCCAUUCACUUGCUAUUGCAGACCUUUGGAAGCUGAAAAGGUUGCAUUGAAAGGAGAUGCUCAAAAGCAGGGAAAAGAGUAAUACAUCACCCUUCCUCCAUUCCCCAAACAGGAAAGGCAAGGUUAUAGAAAUGUGUAUGCGUGCGUGAAUUUGCAUGCGUGUGUGUGUGUGUUUGGCUCUGCUUAUGUGUAUAAAAAACAAAUUAUCCCCUGAAAUUUGCCUGUUUGAGUAAGACGUCUGAAGAGGAAAAUCAUGGUCUCCCAGGAGUCACUUCACAUUGAUAAGACUGCAAGUGGGCUAUGUCCACUUCAGUCUCCACGCAGAGAAAUACCACAAGACUAAAAAGUAAUAAAAACAUGAUUGCAUUUGUAUACCAUGCAAUAGAUUUAAAGAGAAUAUUUUUUAUUAGAAAGUUUCCCUCACUUUAAGAGGGGGGGUGAGAGGGAAAAGGAGGGUUUUGUUUGAUUUUAAUCUUACCUUCAGUCACUUUAAUGGUUUACUGUGGAUAUUAGUGAAGUGCCCCAUCAUAACUAACAUGAUUAAACUACAUAGCCUGGAAACUAAAGUCAACCGAAACAAAAUACAUAGCAAUUGAUUCUCACAAGAACAGUGCAAAAGUGCUAUGUUUCUAUUUUUAAAAAAAUUAAUUUGGCUUUUGAAAGUGUUGAUGAGUGUGCUGUAAAUAGUUGAAAACAACAACAAAAAAUAUAAUAAAAUAAUGCAGUCUGCAUUUCAACUGUCCAGUAAGAACAGAUUCUCACUUCAAUAAUGUACAUACAUUUAAAGGAGAGUCUAAUAUAUAACAAUUAAGACACUAUAAAGUGAAAUAAGUAUAGACUACAAGAGCAAAGUGUACUUUUUAAAUUAGAUUUUUAAAACAAAUAUUGGUUCAUUGGCCAUAUUCUAGCAAAAAAAAAAAAAAGCCAUGUUAAGCUUUUUGGUUUUUACAGUCAUUUGUAAGUUCAUAUUUUUAUUUAUCAUAAAUUAGUCAACUGGCAUUGUAGCUGUUGUGUUUGUAUUUUGAGAAACUGGGUGGUCAAAACUCAUGUUGUUGGAAAGAACAUGAUGUGCAUUUUUCAAGCACACACACGCACGUUCACGCUGAAUUCUCUAACAUACACACAUAAUCACAGGCACAUGUAAACAUACACGUACACUCAUGCAUACACUCACAGAGGAGCCUUGUGAUGCAUUCUUUGCCUCCUCCAUCCUAUUGUGGUCCAUUUUUCUGUCACUGAAGCAAUAAUGCUCCAUUUCCAAAGAUAUUUUUUAUUAAUUUUUCUUAUAACUAUUAUUAUUAUUUUAGUAUUGAUCUCUUUUCAAAGACUUGGUUCUGUGUACUUUAAUCAUUUUAAUUCCUUUUAUGUUAAGAUAUGCUAACUAGAGACAUGAAAUGUUCGGCUGUUUUCAAGCGCCAUUGAAAGGAAUCUUUGUUUUUUUUCUCAAUAAAAGCCUUCUAUGUGUUUGGGGAGGCAGUAUGGAGGUAUAUCAAGCAUUUUAUUGUUUUUCAAGUGAACGAAAGAGACUGUUUUUUUGAGUAAAGACUGCAUUCGUGCCACAGAAUAUUUGCAAUGGUGGAACUGCAAACAUUCUGAUUUUGCGAGAUGUAAGUAAAACCAGGGCAGGAAACACUCCGUUUUAGAAUUAGAAUUUCAAGCCAAACAUCUUGAUUUUCCAGUUGCUUGUUCAAAUGAAAUUAUAGUGUGUAAUGUGUCAUUGGAUCAGGCUUAAGUCAAGAAGAAUGCAAGAUUAAUAUUUUUCACUCAAUAUCAUUCCUUUAGAUUCCUGGACAGGACAGGGCCAAACACAUAUGUUAUAGCUGAAAGUUAAUGGACCAGAACCAUACACAUUGGGAAAACUAAACAUGUUUUCGCUAAUUAACUUAAAGGCAUUGUACACUAAGAUUAUUUUGGAUGUACACACUUGAUAAAAUGUUUUCUGCCAUAUCAAGCUUUAGUUCAAAGUUUUCGCUCUGACAAAAUUUUCUCUCCAUACUCUUCAUGUUCAACUAAGGAAUGGCAUCUUUGGUGAGAUGUAAAUCCACUGCUGAUCUUAAAAUAUAAUGAACAAAAUUAGUUUCGUAAUUAGAGAUCCACAGAAUUGAAAUUGAAUGGGAAUCCAUUUGUGAUAUCAGUAUAUUUGUCAUGUAUUGGAGUGUAUAAAAUGAUUAAAUGCCAUCAAUUGUCAA